GAUGGCGAUGCGAUUUUACUAAAUGUUCGUUGUUCGCGCCUUUCUGAUAAGGCGUCACUGCUUGCGGAACUACUAAAUCAGAAGGCGCCAACUAAUGGAGAUUUCGUUCCGCUGAUGCAUCAGCACAUAUCUUCCUUGGAAAGUGAGAUUUUCUACCACGCCGUUAGACUGUGCUCUGUGGAGCGACUUUCUCGUUUGGCGCAACUACAAACAGAUAUUGCGAAGGAGGAACGUAUGAUCGACCAGUACAUUGAUUUGCUAAAAAGUGAUAAAUUCGAUGAAAAUACAUCAUGUGACAGUGUCGACAAAGGAAUAGCAUUCUUCGAGGUCUGUUAUAUUUUAUCACUUGUCUUCCUGAUUUUCUUCUUUGCUGCAGACUAG